AUGACGCGGCAUGCGGGCAUCGCCUGGUGCCAGCGCUCACUGUGGGGAGGCCUUUCAUGGGGGGUUUUGCUCUUGGUGCUGCUCAACGUCUCGAUCAACGCGCGCUCGAUCUCAACGUCCUGGCGCAACCGUGUAGCCGAGUCGAGAAUGCGUGCCCGAGCAGAGACUUGGAGACAUUGCUCACGGGAUGAGAUGGCCGUCCCGUUUCGCCGCAAUCUUCACUACACCUACAUUGACAUUUGCGUGCCCCCGGGAGCCAAUAGCACCGCGUUCGGGUCGUGGCAUGUCUUCAAGGCCGGUGGUAGCACGGCGAGCCAGAUGAUCACCCGGGCCUGCGACUGCAUCAACGGUACCCUCCUGGAGAGCUUUCGAUAUCGGAGUCUAGAAGAAAUGGAAGAAAGACUUGGGCACCAUCCCGUGGAGUUCUUUGCCGCGAUUCGAGAUCCCGUGGCGCGAUUUUUAUCGGCGUAUGGUGAAGCCUUUCGCAGAGGGUCGUUCACCAAGAUCCGAAGCGUACGGAGGCUUUUGGCCAAGGGAGAGACCCCACGGAACAAGAUUGUUCUGUUGGAGAAGAUUCUAGACCUGUUCUCAACGGCCGAGCAACUCGCGGCGGUGAACGAUCACUUUCUUCCAACCGUUGAGUUUCUGUCAUUUGCACAGCCACGGCAGCCACCGCCUCCUUCGUUGCGCUUUGCGCUCGACUUGACCAAGCCCAAUGCCACCCUGAAGCUGUGGGACUUUCUCUCGGCGCGGUAUGACCUGAAUCGUUCGGGCACGUGUGCGACGCCAAGUCCGGCCGAGUUGCACGACCGGCAUCGCGACGAGAGCUAUUUGACGGCAUGUUAUCCCAGUGAUCGCGGCGCGUGCAUCGCUGAAGAGUUUCAGAAGUUUGCGCCACUCUUUAUUAUCCGGGUCGCCGAGCUACCGGAGCGGCUCGUCGGGCGCAUUCGGACCAUCUACGCCAAAGAUGAGAGCUGUUACCAAGAAAGCGAGCUGAUUGCUCGGAGUCUUGUCUAG